CGGGGGAGGACUCCUUGUGCAUGCUGCUUUUUAACGAAGGACUAAUCUUGAUCUUGUCUGUGGCUCAGGACGGACUCUUUAUGGGUUUAUUCUUCUUUCUAUGUGGAUUUCUUGGAGUUUAAUGUGCGCUUUAAUACCCUGGUGAUGAUCGGUCGCUCUCGUCUCCAGUGAAAACAUGACGCGCAAAUGAUGUUCAACAUUUCUAUCGAUGGAGGUUCAUUCUCGAAAAACUUGGAGGAUUUCGACUCCAUCCGCAGUGUUCUCCUCUACAGGUGAGUGCGCACAGAUGUCCCAGAUAUCCGGCUUGUUGUGUCUGUUAUGAUUUUACAACGGUAAGGAGAGCCAGAGGCGUUUGGCCACAAGUUUGCUGAAUACCGGAGGGGAUUUAAAAACCUCGUGCAAGUACGCAGGGUGCUGGAAAUAGGGGGGAACCAAAUAAAACACUACAACGUGCGUGCGUCAUGUCAAACCUGAGGAAGUGGAGUUGCGCCAGCUGCAUUCAGGGGUUACUUCAAACAGUCUUAAUAGUGGUUAACAUGACGUACUUUUGUCGUUUUAUGGCGUUUCCCUUCGAUAAAUAACGACCAGACUGUUAGAAUUCGCCGUUAUUUCACCUUUAAAGUAAAGUUAUCGCGUGUCUGUGCGGUUACUCCAUUAUUUAUAUGGGUUAGACUCGCCUCGCGCUGCCAGGUAUACAGGCACGUUCCUGCCUCACUCAUGCCACCGACGUUGAAGAACCCCCAGCUCGGAAAGCUUCUGCGUUGUCAGGGGCAACCGAGCUGCCGACCAAUCCGAGCGGGCGCACACGCGUCACGUGACACUACAAACUGUACUCGGCGCCUACAACAUGGCGCUUGUGUUCAACCGUUCGUUUCCGUGAAAAGUUACCGUUAAAGACGCGUUUAUUGCGAUACCGUGUGGGAAAGAAGACGUCGUGGUUUUAGAACAAAAUGGCUUCCGCUUAUUUCCGCCAAACUAAAGGAGACAGCAACGAUAGCGACCGUGAAUCUGCGACGAGUUUCAACAGCUCCGACUAUUCAGAGUAAGAUGACUUGACUCCGAGAGUAGACACAAAAUGCUCUUAAAUUGUUGAAAAUAUACACCUGCUGAAGCUGGUGAGAUGUUUGUUUUAAGAUCAGGCUGAACAAGCUGUUUCACAGAAAGUUAUUCCUGUUUUUGAGGACAAUGAGACGCUGUUUCUAGGCACUGAAGAAGUUACUUUAAUGUUGUACAUCACACCUCUAAAAACAAGACAUUACAACCCUAAAAUAAUAUGUUAAAUGACACUCCAUCUACAGUGUUCCCAAAUGUCCUCCCAUAUGCUUUUCAUAGCAUUAGGGUGUGUUCUCAAUUUGGGAGGUAAACCUAUAGAAAUAAUUGUAUGCUUCUUGCGGUGUUCAGUGAUUUUAUGGACAUCAUGCCAAAAGCCGCUCACCACAGACUUUUCAAAGCAAAUUUAAGAAGCCUGAAAAACCAAAGGGAGAAAUUCAUCUAUUUAUUCUCAACCUUUGUGGUCGAACACGAGGUUCAACUUUGUUUUCUAAUAGUUAUUCUUGUAGUCAAAGUCAUUUUAGAGGGUCAUGAAAAAAACAGUGUUGUACUUGAUGAACUAAAAAGAUCAGAAAAGCAAAAGUAAGAUUUUUAGAAUAUUAAAAAAAACAAGUUGGGGAUAAUAUUGUCCAAGUUCAUAGAAGCUGUAAAAAGACUUCUUAAGAAAUCCUGCAGUUCCCAUUUGUAUUUUGGCAUAAUUUAGAUGUCUACUUUUGUAUUUCAGUGACCUGGAACCAGAGUGGUUGGAUGACAUCCAGAAGAAUGGCGAGCUCUUCUACCUUGAGCUGAGCGAGGGCGAAGAGGAGGCUGCAUUAGCCCAAGCUACCGCCGCUCAAGGUGUAUCCACCAACCAUGUUCGCUUCAGUGAAAAGGAGGCAGAGAUCAUCACAGAGCAAAACAAGACUCAGCGAUGUCGCUCACGUAAAAAAGGCGAGCCCACGCUGAAAAAGAUCGCUCGGAUUCUCAGGAGGAAACGGCGGCCGUCUCAGCGCAGAUCAGGAGGGAAGGACGGGGUUAAGGACGGCUCGUCCCCGGCAUCCAUCCUAAAGAAUCAGCCUGUUCAGAGGCAGGGUGUGACGGUCCAGCAGCAGCAGCUGAAGGAAGUGUGCGUCUAUCUCAACCCCAAACGUCUUGGAGGCACAUCCACGCCUCUCUCUGACAGAGGGGGGCUGCUGGAAGCCCUGCUGGGGGUUGUGCACCACCCCUCAUGGAGCAGAGGGACAGGAGACCCCAGGAUGGUCAGACAGGAGGAGCGACUGACUGUUCAUGGACUGGUGCCCAACAGCCCAGCCAUCAAGUGUGGACAAAUCCUAAUCGGUGAGAGCUUUUAAACAAAACGACAAAUGAGUGCCUUUUUUUGCUUUUCUGAGAUCAUCCUGAAUAAGUUUGUAGUAUUUAUGCAGCUCAGCCCACUUAUACUACCCCGGUUAGAGCCCAUUGUUCUCUAGAUCAGUGAAAUGCAGCUAUGAAGCAGUUUUGAUUUGAGAAACAGUCAUCUGUUGAGUCAUAAACCAGCUCUGACUCAUUCAUUUCCACACCACACUCACCGCCAAAGCGAGAGCUUCAAAAAAUCGACCACUCACACAGAGAUUUAGGACCGAAAACAACAAAUUAUAACCCAACUUUUUAGGUUCAACCCACAGUUUUAUGUAAAUGUGUGGCGAGUUAAUGAGCUGCCCUUCAGUGCUAACCCCGUGCAGCAACCAGUGAAACUUUCUGCAGUUUGUUGAAGUGAAACGAACUCAUAAUGCAGGUCUGGCUCUGUGGAAAUCUGUCCGUCUGAAGGCCAGGCGGCUCUGAAGUGGUUUCCUUCUAUCUGCGCUAAUGAUCAGACAGCUUUUACCAGCAGACCGAGGAGCGUCAGUUGUGCUCUGCUGCAAAUGACUCCCCACAUCGGUUACUGUUUAGAGAAGCUUUUAUGCAGCACAGCUACAUGCCUAAGCAAUUAGAGCGGUUGAAUACCUGAAAUAGCUCCGUUACUGCGAUCGUAAUGAGCCUCAAUGCACACAGGCAGGUGAAGCUCUGUUAAGGCCCUUUAAUGGGUUUCUACAGCGGAGAGCAGAGGGGAAAAGGCACCAGAAGUGUUACAGCCGGCAUAUUAUUCCAGCACCAUAUUAGCAUAGUUAGAGUUUUUUCUGAUUAAACUCAAGUCAAAUGUCACAUUAAGGUCAGCGGUUUGAGGAACUUUCUGCUGCUUUUAAAAUAUAGAAAUGAAGAGAAGACGAGCACAAAACUGGAGCACAAAACUUUGAAGUUAUAAGUCAGGGCUUGACACUCACUUUUUUCAGAAGGAGCACGUGUUAAAAAAGUAAGGAGCAGACAAAAAAAUUUAGGGGGACAAUAAAAAUUGAUCAAAUAAUGUGUGUCUUAUCGGUCAAUUUUAGUACUUUGGUUUGAAUCCAUUUCAGGUCAAUUGGUCACUUUUUAAAAUUUGCCUUUAAAUUUAACACAAAAAAUUUUAGAGGACAAAUCCGGGAUAUAAAGAGGUGUGUCUUAUCGUCCAACCGUAGUACUAUUAUUUGAAAUCAAUUGUAUGUCAAUUGGUCAUACGACAUGGACGCUAUUGAAGGAAAACAGCCUAUUUUGAGAACAUCACUCGGUAAUUUAUUGACGGUCCCUUAUUCAACACCUGAUAUUGACAGCAAGGGUGCCGAGUAGAUUUAACCGCGCUGCUGUUGCUAUUCCCGAUUAUGGAGAGUGAGAAGACAUCGGUAGAUCAGCGGUGCAUGUCCGUUUAAUAUCCAACCUAAAACUAACUUCGCUAAAAAACCAGUUGUCACCUAAGCUGAUUUUUUUAUGCGCACAUGUGCCCCUAAAUACAUUUUACAAUUCGCACACAUCUAUUUUUAGUUGCAAAUUUGAUUGAAAUGGUCGCACUCUCAAGCCGUGAUAACUCAAAAAAAGUUAGGGUGUAAAGUGUCACUGAAAACAACAAUCCCCAAACCUUUGCGGAUCCUUGCUUUUGAACUCUGCGCUGAUAACAAACCAGGUGAUCUCUCCCUUACUCACAGUGGUGGUUGCAAGGUUUGUGAUUUCCAAAAAGACUGAUAAAAUAAUUCCGACCAGAGGAAAGUUCUCCACUUUCCUGGGCUCGUCUCUCUGGUAGCAUAACUCUUAUCUCUGCACCAGCAUGAUCUGCUUUGCUUUAUUCCCUGCUUUCAAUAAAUUAAAAAAAUCUUAUUCCAAAGAUUCUUAAACUUCUUUUUGUCUUUGUGUUUAUGUUCAGGUGAUGUGCUCGUAGCCGUGGACGACGUGGAUGUGACGUCUGAAAACAUUGAGAGGGUUCUUUCUUGCAUCCCAGGACCGACACAGGUUUGUGUCAUUUUUUACAAAUGGCAGCAGUUUUUAGCCGCUGGUUGUCAUGAUUUCUUUAGCUAAUUAUUUGAUCUGGUCUUACUUUAAUUCAGCUUGUGCAGUUUUCCAUAUUUCUCCUGUAAAGACGCAUUUGAGUUUUCAAAAGCUUGCCUUUGCACAAACAGCAACUUUGACAGUAAAUAUAGACCUUAAAUUACUUUCAAAUGUACUGGUUAUUCUGAGCUGCUAAAAUGCGAAAUGGAAAGCAGAAGUCAGCGCUGUUUGACAUUAGAAAACCCCCAAUUACUGAGAAAUGAUCCUUUCAUUGGUAGUUAAGAAAUCCAUGCCUCAGUCGUGCAUUUUUCACCAAAAAGUAGACCAUCAAAAAGUAGGAAUUUGCAAAUGACAGAGUGCGCUGUGGCGAACACGGCGGGCAGACGGGACUGCGGUGCGACUCUGUUUUGGUGCCACAGGAAGCUGUUGUGGGAUUGAAAUCUCAGCUGAUUAGAAGAUGAAGUCGGAAACUAAAUUAUAUUGUAAAAGGGAGGGAUGAAGAUGUUUUCUUUGGAAAGUAAGUUUCCUCCUGCACCGUGGUGACUCUCGAAAACUUGAAAUAGAGCUGUGUGCAGACGGAUGAUGCUUUUUUUUAUAGGGUGUGUGUUGGAAGGAGGAUUUUCUCUGUGGAAGUCGACCAGGACUUUUUGAGUUUUGAGGAGCAAAUAAUAGAAAUCAAAUCAGUCCACUACGCCCCUUGCUCACCUUUAUAACUGAACACACUCAGUUUCUCUUCAGUGUUUGUGUGCAUCGUCCAACUGGUGCUAAAUGACUGACCUCAACAGACUGGAAUCCCAGUGAGAGCACGCUCCGGUCUAACCACAUCCUUAUUAUUUAUGAUGAGAGAAAGUGCUGUAGUUUUCCCACUCUGCCUCUUAAUACUAAAUUACCACCCCAAAUUUAAAGGUUCCUGCAAUCCCAGAGACUUUUUUUUGCCAUUAUCUCCUCCGGUGUAUGAUGCUAUCAGCUCAGUUUGACUCCUCAAAGAUAUUAUAAUUGAUUUUUAAUCGAUGUUUAACAAAGACUAAGCAGGAGAAAGAUGGAUCCACAUGGUAUUCCACUAGUGCCCGUCUCUUCCUUUAAUAAUACCUCUUGCGUUGGCGAGCAUGGCUGGCAGCCCGGAGUCAGACGCCUAAUGGAAAGGAGGGUGGCCUGUGGUUUGCGCUGACAGGCCUUGGAGAGUUCUGGGAGUGAUCUUUGGAUUAGAAAAUCACUGUUUCAACAUUUUUGACCAGGGAAUACGAUCCUUAUUUUUCGGUAGGCACCACAUGCUGUAGGAAAAGUAGAGACCUCAGGACUUUGAGAAAACUAAUGACCAUUACGCCCGACUUACUCAUUCAUCAGCACACUUCACGACUUUCUUAAAAUUGUUGCAGACGUCGAAAAUAAGCCUGGAUCCCCUCGCCUCUGGGUCACACACUCAGAAAACUUACGUAAGCGCUCACAGAGUGGUAUAAAUAAACGGGUUUCUUCACGAUCUGUGCAGCAAAGGUCAGCCGGGGUGUGUCUGGUUCAAGUGCUGUGGUUAAAACUCAUAACUGGACCCUUUAGAUCUUUUGUGGUUUGAGGUUAAAUCCCAGCUGAACGAUACUCUGCCCGCCUUUCAGCUGGUAGUACAUACCCUUAUAUACAUCACUGUAGCACCAUUUUGUCCAUCUUAGAGUUAUUUUCUGCAUAUUUCUGACUUUAAAGCGAGAGAUUUAAACUUUUUCAUUAACUUCAUGUUUUUGGUAUUUAAAUGCACGAAAAUCUCUGUCUACUAUUUGUUCCCACAUCCUGGUUAUGUUUGAAUAUCUGAGGUUUUUUGCCCGCGCACAGCCCCAGUGUGAUUUAACCAAAGAUACCAGAGUUUUAGUGUCUCAUCCUUCUGUGCGUCUUGACUUCACGUGUCUCAGUGUAGCUUUUGUUUUGGUUUCCGCUGUGACUCUCUACGAAUGACAGUGUGAGAUAAAGUGCUGGUAGGUUAGAAAAAUACAGCAUGAAUGGGAAAGAUAGAUUUCUCCGGUUUAUGGAGGUCUGGUUUUAAUUUUGUCCAACACACUCACACUCAGACAAGAACGCUCACACACACCACACACACACAUCUCUGCUAUUUGUUAACUGCGGUUGGGCCGGAUGCCCGUGUCACUUUCUCUCCGACAAUCACAAUCUCGCCGCGCACUAUCCAGACUUUUCCUGAAUGAGUGCGAGGUUUUCUUCUUUUUGGAAGUCGCACAAACUCGCACACCUCGGUUUUUCCUAAAACAGACACGAUCACUGGGGAUGUUCUUGCCAAGCAUAAUUAUCUGGUGCCUAGCGGCUGAUUGUUAAAAACCAGAGAGAGAGAAACUGGAUGGCAGGUGUGUUAGCACUUAUUUCCCCCUCUUCAUCUUAUUCUUUUUUUCCACAACUUAAUUUUCAGAAUCAUUUCUUCAUCUUAACCUCUUUUCUUCUUCUUCUUCUUCAGGUGAGGUUGACUCUGGAGACGGUGGCUCUGGUCGACAGAAGCAGUGCGAGCGACGCUCCAUCUCCUCGGAGGAUGAAGGCGUCUCCACCGGUCAGCCAGCUGGUGCGUCUGCUGUGGGGGGAGGAUACAGCCGAACUGCAGAUGUCUAUAGGACACAUCCCGCAUAUUGUCAUGUACCUGUCCCUUAAGCUGGACUCUGCGUCGCCACAGGAGGAGGUGAGUUUGGUACACGGUUGACUGCAUGCUGAUCUCUGUUGAGUUUGUUGGAAGUGUCUGGAACUUGCCAUGCCCGGUGUGUGUGCAGUUGUCUCUGUGGCGCAAUCGGUUAGCGCGUUCGGCUGUUAACCGAAAGGUUGGUGGUUCGAGCCCACCCAGGGACGCACUGCUUUUCCUUGAAGGUAGCUACAUUGUUAUCUAUCAUGCAUAUCAGUAAACUGGUGUUUGAAGUCAGGGCUCAAGGUCAGAGAAUAUGGAUAAGGUAGCCGAGUUAGACUGACGUGUUUCAGAACAAAGAAAACAGGCUACGUGGAAUGUACAAACUUCCACUCAAUGAAUGCCCAGACAAUUAUGCUCUGCAACUGUGUUGUCGGUUUCGUAAGGACACACUGGGACACUGGCACUAAAUAUUUUCAAGGUGCAGUGUGUGCUACGUGCUUCAUAGAUCAUGUAUAAGCUUGAAUGCUACCCUGCACAUUCACGGAAGAGGGACUGACAGGAUUUGAUGCGUUCGUUGAUGACUCAAAACAAGUGGAAAAUGACGUAGUGUGUUGUUGUGUGAGUAGAAAUCAUUAGUGGCGCAUUGAUGAGCAGUUGAAGUUUCAGUCGCGACACACGCUAUUAAGCUGCGGCACAAUGAAUGAAGGUGGAACACAGCUGUCUAGUGCUGCUUCAGAACAGCACUGUGUGAAGGUCUAGUCUUUCUCAUUUACAGACACAUCGAUUGCAGACUGAUAUCAAGAUGAGCUUAAAGUUUAACAAAGAUAUCUACAAAUAGUCAGUGAGUUGAAGUGGGUGGAGCCUGUGAAUUCAAGCCACGCCCCCUUCCAAUAAGCAGUCUCUGUGGCGCAAUCGGUUAGCGCGUUCGGCUGUUAACCGAAAGGUUGGUGGUUCGAGCCCACCCAGGGACGCAGUGCUUUUCACUCUCAGUUACAGAGAGUCACUGUGUUAUUGAGUUCCUCUGACAUGGACCAAGACUCAAUGCUAUUCGAAGCACUGGGAUCAGUAGGAUGUGUUUGCCAGACCCUUGUGGUCUAAUUGUAACUCCUCCUUGCAUUUAACUGUACACUUAAACUAAUGAGAAGACCUUUCGUUCUGCAGUAUUGCUGUGUGUCUGCAGAGCCUGAGGCUGCAGUUCUAGGAGGACUGCAUUUUUUGUUUGUGAUGACACCACUGAAGUGUAUUUGAUAACCAAGGAGUGCAUUUUUUCUGUGUAAGGAGAACCCCAACAGUUACCAAAACCCUAACCAUCACUGUUGUAACAACACAGUAGUCCUAGAGAUGUGAUUCUAGAACUGCAGCACUAAAACUGCAGCUGCAGGCUCUUUAGACACCUCUUAUUGACUGGGAUAGCAAGUAUAAAUUCAGACACAUUACAAGAGGAUUUAUGAGAGGUGGGUGGGGUUAUGUGAUUCAGGCCACGCCCCUCACACACAGCUGUCUCUGUGGCGCAAUCGGUUAGCGCGUUCGGCUGUUAACCGAAAGGUUGGUGGUUCGAGCCCACCCAGGGACGCACUGCUUUUCACUCUCAGUCUCUGUGAGCUAAUGUGUUUAUGAUUGACAUCAAGUCUCUGAUCAGGAGAAAAACUCAGCGUCACACUGUGCCAGAUUCUGCAGGAAAUAACCGUGUUGGCUUCACUGAAUUGACAUGUAUCACUAGGAUAGUGUCAGUUCAAAUUAACCUGAAAGUGCUGAAAAGAGCAUGCUCGACAUGGAACAAAUAUGCACAAGUGAACUUAAAAUAUUCUUGAACGUAAACUGAUCAACAGAUCAGAUUAGACAGCCAUGUCAGCAUCAGAACUUUUAGGCAAGGACAAAAUGAUAAUUCUGGUUUUGUGACAAUCUUGGUAAUGUCGGACAAAAAAUUUAGAUUGACACUUAAGACAGAGAAAAUUAAAUAAAAAUUUUGGGGAUCGGAAAAGCGGGUAAAAUAAAGACAAAGGUCCACAAUGUUUUAGGUACCCAGCUGGAUCAGCUUGUUUGUAGAGAGACUACAGAAAACAAAUGAAAGGGGGUGGGGCCUAAAUAUCAAGCCACUCCCCUCAUGGGCUCACAGCUGUCUCUGUGGCGCAAUCGGUUAGCGCGUUCGGCUGUUAACCGAAAGGUUGGUGGUUCGAGCCCACCCAGGGACGCACUGCUUUUCAGUCUCAGUCACUGUGAACCUCCAGGUUAAAGAUUUACAUCAAGUCUCUGAUCAGGAGAAAAACUCAGCGUCACACUGUGCCAGAUUCUGCAGGAAGUAACCGUGUUAGCUUCACUGAAUUGACAUCUAUCACCAGAAUAGUGCUGAAGUUCAAAUUCCGACCAGCACGGCAAAAAUAUGAAGAAGUCAACUUAAAAUUUUCUGGAAACUAAACUGGUUAACAGAUCAUACUUGACAGCCAUUUUAGCAUCAGAACUUUUUGGUAAGGGCAAAAUGAUAAUUCUGGUUUUGUGACAAUCUUGGUCAUAUUGAACAAAAAAUUUAGAAUGACACUUAAAACAGAGAAAAUUAAAUGCAAAUGUUUGGGAUUCAGAAAAGCAGGAGAAAAGAAAGAGAUAAAGGUCCACGAUGUUCAAAAUAUCCAGCUGGAUCAGCUUGUUUGUAGAGAGACUACAGAUGACAAAUGAAAAGGGGUGGGGCCUGAAUAUUUUGCCACGCCCCUCUUGUAUCCUCGUCAGUCUCUGUGGCGCAAUCGGUUAGCGCGUUCGGCUGUUAACCGAAAGGUUGGUGGUUCGAGCCCACCCAGGGACGCACUGCUUUUCAGUUUCAGUCUCUGUGAACCUCCAGGUUAAUGAUUGAUGUUAGAGUCUCUGACCAAGACUAAUCCUGGGACUUCCAUGCGAAAUCGCUCCCCUCUGCUUCCGACAGGCAAGCUGCUCAAAUAUGCCUCUGGAUCCGAUCCACUGCCACCGUCAGAGGAGAAGCUCUCGCCAUAUAACUGUUAGUUCCGGCAAGACUGGACAAGAUCUUGUGUGUUUCCCUGUGACAUCCAGACAUUGAAUGACAUCCACCGAUCGCUUGAUAUAAACGUGUAUAAACACCCACAACCCUGGCCUCUCCUAUUAUCAAGCUAAGAUCAGUUCAACUUUCGGACUUUCUUUCAUUUUGAAAAUUAACCAAAUAUUUUACUACGUAACCGCAUACAACAUCCGCUGCUGCUCGUGCUGCGCUGCACUGGAUUGAUGCGCCGUGCCGUGGUGUCCAGCAAAAACAGAAGCCUUGCGUAUCUGAUCCAGCUGCUGGAGCUGAUCUGCAGUGGAGCCGGACGGCGGAAGUUUAAAGAAUCAGUCUAAAGUUGCAAUUUAAGCCUGUGUGCAAGUCUAUGUCCAAAACCAGAAUGUCCUAAAAAUAUCUUUUUUUUUUCACAUACUAGAAUUCCAAAAGUAAAACUUUUGUAUGUUCUGGAUUCAUCGCACACAAAGUGAAAUAUUUCAAAACUUUCCCUCUCUCAUUCUUAAUGAUUACAGCUAACAACUCACAAAAAUCAGAAAUCCACCAUCUUAAAACAGUCGAAUAUUUCGGAAAAAGUCCAGUUUCAGGUAUUUGAAUUCUAGUCAGCUGAUUAACUCUAAACUCCUGCAUUGUUUACUGAGCCUUUAUCUUCUCACUCUGGUUCAGUACACACAAGCACAAUCAGUUGUCCAAAAGAUGAUCACUGACCCUCUUCAGAAGGAGGGUCAGCCACUGAAGGUCAUUGCUAAAGAGUCUGACUGUUUACAGAGUAUGGAAGCAGAAAGGAGUGGGAGAAAAAGGAGACCAAGAAACAAGGAUGAGCACAAGACUGUCAAAUGAAGCAGAUUCAAGAACUUAAAGAAGCUGCACAGAAGCAUCAAGAGCCUCUACACUCAGACGGGUCAAGGAAAUGGACUACAAGCCCCUCCUGAACCAGAGACAACAUCAGAGAAGUCUCACCUGGACUAAGAAGACAAAUAACAUGAUGACUGCUCAGUGGUCCAAAGUCCAAAGUUUGAUCAAAAUUCAAACAAACAAGUCUAGAAGUCUACUCUUCUAUUUUACUUUCCCAAACUAAAUUAUGGGAAAAAAUGAACUUUUCAGGAUGUUUUAAUUUUCUCUAGAGAUUAAUAAAAAAAUAUGUUUUUGAGUUAAUGAAUCAGUACAGCUCUAACAUCCUCUGACAAGACCACGGUUUGCAGAAGCAUCCAAGUGUAUCUAGUUUGAGAUUUCAUGUUAGGUGGGUGGAGCUUGAGUAUAUGAGCCACACUCCUUGGAGGAAUGCCUCAGCUGUCUCUGUGGCGCAAUCGGUUAGCGCGUUCGGCUGUUAACCGAAAGGUUGGUGGUUCGAGCCCACCCAGGGACGCAUUGCUUUUUGUCCUUAUGUAAAUUCUGCUGUUAUGUAAAUCAGUGUUUGAAUUCCUCUGCUGUCUGCCUGUCUGUGCUUUAGUGUCACUGCCUGUCUGCAUUCCUGAUUGUGAGCUUUUGUGCAUGUCAGAUUCAGCUCUCUGCGGCGGAAUGUGCCCGGUCUAUUUUUAGCUCAGCUGCUCUGAAGCGUCAAGCCGCACAGAGCAAAUGAGACAAGAGGAAGUCAGGUGCAGGAAAGACAGAAUGAAUCCAACAGCCCUUCAAAAUAAAACUCUGUGCAGUUAGGUCCUCUUCCUUAUCACACUGAAAGCCAGAAAUUCCUGUGAAGGUUCUCAGAGUUCAUGACACACACAGAGAGGGAGAGAGUUGUAAAGACCGAGCCUCUUUCAGCUCGAGGUCUAGUGGAAAAACUUAACUUUGACACUGCCAGCAAAUCCAACAUAAAUAAAAAAUGACAGCAGAUGGAGGAUAUAAAAGUUGUUGAUAUCUAAACUCUGGAUGAACUCACAUUUUUCCAUCUCUGUGGAAAGAUCUUUGGUCUUUUGGAAACCUGACCGCAAAUUCAUGGUCAAUGAAACACUGACUCUUAGCAGCCUCAUGAGCCUGUACUUUAAAGCAUAGAUUACAGCGAGUAAAUGUUUUUAAUCAAGGCCUAACCAGAGUUGCUGCAUGAAAUUAAAAAUUGGUUUUCAUUCAGUGUGCCCAAACCUCAAACUUCAACUCUGAAAUCUAGGUUUAGCAUGGAGCUCUCUUCUGAGUCUUUCUCGGGAUUUCUCUGAUGUUUCUGAGAAAACUGAAGCUCUGGGUGGCCUCCAACACCUGCUGGUACCACUAACAGGAAACAGAGAGAGAGGAGGCUCAACCUUUUCCGAAUAAACGACUUGAUGCUUUAAUUCUACGAGCUUGAUUCCAGAGGUGGGGGCUUGACGACUCGACUCGACUUGGACUUGAGUCCCGUUUUUGACUUGCUUGAUGAAAUCAAGAAAUGACUUGGACUCGCUUGGGACUUGAUUGCUAAAGACUUGAGACUUGACUUGACUUGAGCCCAGUGACUUGAAAAGUCAAGUCAAGUCUUUUCAAGUCACUUAAUACCUUACAGCAAGCCCAAACUGUUUAAAAAGUGUCGCAUCAACUAAUAGUCAGGAAUUACGGCCGUUGGUAACACCGUGUUGUGUUGCCAAGUCUGCUUAUUUCCCUCAAAAAAAAUUCGCUUGUUUCUGGAGGUCUGUUUCCUUAUUUCUCUCACGAAACUUGGCAACACUGUCUCAAACUCUAGCCUCCCUCAUAACAACGACAACGGUAGGACUGAACAUAAAUCGCUCGCUAGUAUUGCCCGCCUGUUUCUUUACAUAUAAAAAAAUGGUUUAUGGCUUUGAUAUGAAUUGUUUUUGACUUGAAAGAAACGGUAAGGACUUGGUUGGGACUCGGAGCAAAAUUCCUAGGACUUGGUUGGGACUCGAAACAAAAAGUUCAGGACUUGGACUUGACUUGGGACAUGUCUGUGUUGACUUGGACUUGACUCGAGACUUGAGAGCAAAGGACUUGGACUUGAUAUGACUUGUUUUUGACUUGAAAGAAACGGUAAGGACUUGGUUGGGACUCGAAGCAAAUUCCUAGGACUUGGUUGGAAUUUGAAAGAAAAAGUUCAGGACUUGGACUUGACUCGGGACUUGAGAGCAAAGGACUUGGACUUGAUAUGACUUGUUUUUGACUUGAAAGAAACAGUAAGGACUUGGUUGGGACUCGAAGCAAAAAGUUCAGGACUUGGACUUGACUUGAGACUUGAGAGCAAAGGACUUGGACUUGCCUCAGACUUGAGACUCGACUUGGACUUGCAACAUAAGGACUUUCCCCCACCUCUGGUAGGAAAUCCAAAGUCUUUCUCAGGAUUUCUCUGAUGUUUCUGAGAAAACUAAAGCUCUGGGCGGCCUCCAACACCUGCUGGUACCACUAACAGGAAACAGAGACAGAGGAGGCUCAACCUUUUCCGAAUAAACGACUUGAUGCUUUAAUUCUACGAUCUUGAUUCUCUGUUCACGAAAAAGCACGUUUCCCUUUCUCUAAUGAGACCCAUGCACAGGGCCCAGUUUAAUACCCCAUUAGGAAAGCACAUUCAGAUUGUCGUCUAGUGUUAAUCCCCGAGUGUGUGUUUUCUUGUUCUGACUAUGAAACCGCUCAUUUGCUGACCAGCGCCUCCUGCACUGUAAUCACAUUUUCCUCUGCGGACGCCUGUUGGCAGGUUGAUGUUUUCUUUCUGGUUGUUCUUCAUAGUUCUGCAGUUCCUUUUCGUGUAUCUGCAAGCCAGAUUUUUCCUAUUUUUUUCUUCCACCCAGCAGCAGUUGGAGAGUGAAAGUAAGGGUUGUCUGGAGCCACAUCAGCCAGCAGUCAAUUUUCUACCCGCUAAACCUUCACUUUGAUUUUUUAAGUCCUUUGAUUGCAGGGUUGCAAAAAAAUUGGAAGGGUUUGAGCUGUGGUAUUUUUUGAGAUUUAGAUGUGUUAUUUGUUUUUUUUUUUCUUCCUGUAUUUACAGAAGAGAUAUAACUGCAGAGUUACUCUCUGUUGGUUGUUUUCCUUUUUGUUUCCUCUUGUUGCCAGGGGGGAAAAAAAGGCCUGUUCAUUCAAGGUUUUUAUCCCCUCACCAUCCUCUGAUCCUCUCAGCAGCUCAGCUAUUAUCCUCUCUGAAUCCCUUGAAUGUGCCCCCAUGCUCAGAGGAAUACUAAUGUCCCUGCCAGUACAAUGAAGCCGUCUAAAACACUUCAUGAUUUGUCCUGUUAUUCAAAAUGUUUCCAGUAAUAUUUGUUCAGAGAAUGUCUUCAAAGCUGAGAGAAAUCAGGAGUUAAUAAAAGUGAAACACGUUUGAUUAUCAUUGUUGAGGAGUCAAAAAAGCCCUCCAGCAGUUCUCUCUUUUGUUCUUCAGAGGCUGAGGCAUCAACAACAGAUACUCCGAAUUUUUAUCUGACAUUUAUCUCUUGAUAGGGUAACCAGGAAUAUGUCUUCUCGCUGCUUGUAAAACUUUAAACACACAGUUUCUAAACUAAACCGUGUGUUUGUUUGUUUGAACACGCAGGAGGAGAUUUUGUACCAGUACCCGGUAUCUGAGGCGUCGAGCCAGCUGAAAGGAGUCCGGGGGAUCUUCCUCACUUUGUGUGACAUGCUGGAGAACGUCACAGGAGGUCAGAUCAUCAGGUGAGGGUUGAGGGUCAUUAUAACUAAGCCGUGAUAUAAGGGCCUGUUUCCACUAACAGCUUUUUGUUGAAUCCAGCUCCUAUUUUCAGUCUGUAAUCAAUGCAGUGAAGGUAUCAGUGUCCAAAGCACAUUAACAACAUCGGAUAUUUCUGAUGCUUAGCUCACAGAUGAAAAUAGUUUAACUUUUGGAACUUUUGACGCCAGACUUGUCAGUUUCACUUCCCCGUCACUGACCAAUCAGAAUCUAGAACCGAAGAACAAAAGUGGAGUCAGGUUUAGAGUUGCAGCUAUUUCAUUUUCCACAGCAGGACAACUUUCGUAACAUAGCAACGAGAGCGUGACUGAUAUGGAUUUUUUUGGGCCGAUACCGAUUAUGAGGGGGAAAAAAUCCAAUUACUGAUUAAUCGGCCAAUUUUUAAAAAAAUUUAUGAAGUUAUAAAAGGUUAUAUAUAUAUACUGCAGAUAUCUACAGUUUACUAUAUACUGUAGAUAUACUGUAGGCUACUGCUCUUCACGCCGACAGGAAGACCAACUGAUCAAACUCUGACCAGAAAAACCAGCAUUUUGUUUUUCUCAGCAUGUCUGAAAAUAUCGGCGAGUUUUGGCCGAUUACCGAUUAGUCUCCAACGGGCUAAAAUUGGCCGAUUUGAGGCUCGCCAAUAAAUCGCUCGGGCCUUAAUAGCAACAAUAUUGGCUUGUGAAAAGUGCCGCCAGUGCAGAAAAUUCUGUAAAUGUACACAGGCCCUAAUGACCCUCUACUUUAGUAUUAUAGCUUUAAUAAACUGUUUUAGUGUACAGCUGAGUGUCGACAUUUCCAAAAGUCAGGUCCACAUUUCCUCAAAAGCCUUCAGCUUCUACAAACAUAGCUCUGGUGGUUCCAUGAGGAGGAUGUGGGUGGAUUCAGAUUCUCCUCUCUGCUGCUGUCAGAAGAAACGUCCCAUUUGUUUUUCACUCCUCCUUCCUCCUCCUCCUCCUCUCCACCGAUGAAAAAAGUAAAAUUCCUCCAAAUUAUUUUUACUGCAGCUUCUCCAAAUUCCUAACUUUUCUGCCAGUUUGCUGAACGUUUUGAGUUCAUAUUUGAGUGUAAACCAGCAGUGAGAAGUAAGAAAAAGUUAAGGCUGACGGAUGAUAAGAAUUUAACAUUUGUAUUUACGCUGCACCCACUCUCUUCUCUUCUGUCUUUGUCAUCCAUCCUCAGCUCAUCUCUCCUGCUUGGGAAACAGCUGGUGCACGUCGGCUACUGGAAGGAGAGCAACAACCUGCUGGUGAUCGGCCUCCCCGCUGACAGGUAAAGGGAGGCGGUAUCAAACACUCACUCUUAAAGGCGCCUCCAACAAAUUUCUCGCUAUUUUCAGGACGUCGGUUUGAAAAAUUUGGGAUAAUAGCGUCAUAAAGUUCUUGAGCAUGACGUAUGCUCCAGGAGUGAGCUUUGAGGAGGAAUGGAAACACACUUUGGAGCUUGAUCUGUAAAAACAAUCGAAAAAGACUUAAAAUUUCAAGACGACGGCCUCUUUUUCCUCUUCGGGCAGCAUGAAUAUGAGUCACAUUAGCCUCUUUUCACUUGAGCAACCAGGUCAGAUCAAAAAAAGUCAGUUUGACGUCUUCUAAUUCUUGACUUCUCAUGAUUAAUAACCUGCUUUUUUGUCGCAGAACGAAUAUGUGAUCGCUUUGACAUUUGUCCAAUGUUCCUCCAGGGUUCCACUGCUGUGUCUGCAGACGGUGGUGGGAGACGUGGUCAGGACUCUUAAAGUGAUGUACGGCUCCUUGGACAGGUGUGUCACUCUGUCCUGUGGUUCUGCAGAGAGAGCCGUCCUCAAAGCAAAAUAAAUGGAUAUAGAAAUAGAGUAAAAAUGUCAUUUCCAACUUCUUUUCGUUCUUUGUCUCUUAUGAUAUGAUCGACAUCCGUGUGUCUUUGUGUCCCCCGACAGUGCCUUCUGUAAGGAGGACCACGCUCCCAGGUUGGACCACUUCUUCUGCCUGUUCUUCCAGCAGCUCAUCCAGCCGUCUCGCCUCAGGGACGGCUCCUCAGCUCCGCCGCCGGACGUCUCGGGGACCCUUUUCCUCGACGGACUCCCUGCGGUCCGAUGGCUCACUCUCCCUCCAGAAAUCAAGGCUGGUUUCUGUCAUUUACAUGGAGUUUGAUGUUUGAUACGCCGUCUGUGCCCUCUAGUGGCCAAAGUCAAAAACUACAAACAAACACUGCUACUAAAUAAUUAAAAUUCAAUAAUAAAAUCAGCUUUUCUUUGCCGGCAGAUGGAGGUGGAUACAGUUCUGUCCGAUUUUGAGUCUUCUGAUUUUGGGGAAAUGGUGAGAAAUUCUUAUUAGUCACUCACUUUUAGGAAUAUUAUUCAGGUAACUUACACAGACAGUGUCUUCUUUGAGUAACUUCACACUCUUAAAGCUCAAAUUAGCAGGUGUCACAUUAUUAUUUCAUGUGAGCUGAGACGGCACCUAACAUCUGUUCUAAGCUGUAGAGAAGAGGUUGUUCAUGUUAAUGUUAGUGUGUAUUUGGUCAGAAUGAUAGUUACUGUUCAGUCUAGUUCUGCUUCUUUACCUGACUUUGUUUUCAUCUCGAUUCGUUCCACAGUCCGAGGAUUACUUCGGCCUGAGGCGUCUGUACGUGAUUCUUGGCUCCUGUUUGUUCUACAAGGUCAGCGUCUCAGUCCAAACACACACACACACACAUUUACAGCUUCAGUGCCAGCAGCCGUGUCGUAUUCACGCCGUAUCGUCCCCUGAUGUUACCUCACUGUCUAGACUUGCUGUUAUUAAACAGAGACGACGGAGGUCACGGCUGACAGUCUCAUUGUGAAGGAGAUAACAUGAUGAGUCUGUACUGAGGCUCAAAGACAAAUCAUCAACCUUAUCACUGUUGAAUUAUUAAAGUAAACAAAAAGGGAGAAGUAGAGUGUGAUAUAUCUGUGAUACUGAAGUUUAUUAAGCUCAAAACAAUGAAUCCAUCCCCUCACCGUCACAGUCCUACCUGAUCGCCAACCACCUUCCCAAAGAGGACCUGCUGGACGUGUGUCUGUACUGCCAGCACUACUGCCUGCUGCCCCUGUCGUCUGAGCAGCGGGUCGGUCAGCUGGUCAUCUGGAGGGAGGUGUUCCCCCAGCAGAGAGCGAGCAGCAGCAGCAGAGCGCCAGGAUACAGCCCGUCUGAAGGACGGCACUUCCUCCUGAUCGUGGGGCUGGUGAGACUCUGGAAUUAGACUAUCUUACAGAAGUCAAAUUCAACUCUAAAUGAUAGACGAAAUGACUCAAUUAUUGAAAUACAACUAGAUUUUAACAUAGAGUUAUGCUGCGUUUGAGUUACCUCGAAAGUCACAUGUCUGAGCUGGGAAUUACGUCACACCCGAGUUCCUGGCGUUUCAGUUACCAAGUCAGAAAAAAGGCAAAAUCGGAGGUGGAAACAAGAUGGCUACAUCUACGAAAGGUGAUGCUAAAAUAACUUAAAAUAACUAAAAUAAGUGCUAAAAUAACUUUCGUAGAUGUAGCCAUCUUGUUUCCACCUCCGAUUUUGCCUUUUUUCUGACUUGGUAACUGAAAUGCUGGUAACUCGGGUGUGACGAUAUUCCAAGCUCGGAUUGUUCUAAGAUAUAAUUGUUUUAAUAUUGGUUUUUUUUAAUAAGAAAAUAGUUGCUUUAGUCAGUGGGAACAGGCCCUUAAAGGAGUUACAGAUAACUAUGAACAUGUUGUUAAUUUUCUGCUGUAUAAGUUAUACUCUGUGUGUUUGUUUUCAUUUUUGAACAGAGGCACUUUAUGCAGUGUGUUCUGCUGGAGGCCGGCGGCUGUGCUUCACCUGCUCUCGGUUCUCCAGGACCUGAUUGUGUUUAUGUCGAUCAGGUAGAACUUUGAUGUAAAAUCUGAACAUGUUGGACUUAAACUUUCCUCAUCCUCAUGAUUCAAGAAGUGCUUUCUUCAGUCUCUAUAAACCAAAAUCUGAUGUUCUGACUCAGGUGAAGGCCACUCUGCUGCAGCUGGAGGUCCUGGAGUCGGGUAUUGAGGAGCGUCUGAACGCUCCUCCUGCUCCCUGUCUCUCCUGCGCCGACUGGUUCCUUCCUGCAGCCACGGCCCGCGACCGCCUGGACAGCCUCGCCUCCUCCUCCCCUGUCUUUAGCAAGCUAGCUGGGGCAGUCAAGAGCUCCACUUCCUCGGGUUCCAGGGGCCGCAGCCUGUUUGGGGAGAGGGCCCGGAGAUCCAGCCCCCAGAGGAGCCUGUCAGAUAGCGGGAGCGAGGGCCAGAUGGAUGCAGGGUCAGGGUCCGGUUCUUCGGUGGCUCCCGGUCUUAGUCCUCAUUCCACCCCAGAUUCAGUGAGGAAGCUUGGGGGUCGACGGGACUCGCUGGGGUCUGGGGGGUCUGAUGGGAGCGGAGGCAGUGGAGGACUCUUUAAGGUACGGAACUUAAGUUACUCUGUUACCAAAAAACCUUUAAACCUGAUGGAAAUUAAAACAAACAAAGUCGAUAUUUAACUACUAUUCAAAAGACAAACUUCAUAUUACUUUUGAAUAAAAUAUAAUGUAGUGCAAUGCUUUGGUAUCAGAUUCCCAGGAUGAAACACCCAAACCCGUUCCACCUGGGCACCCUGAAGAAAACCCUGACUGAGCGGGAGACGGAGGAGAUGUACAACACCAUGAAGUGGGUGAUUAAAGACGCCUAUGAAGGGAACAUUAAUGAGGUUAAUUGGGUUCACUGAGCGUGUCCUGUGUUUGUGUCAGACUGACCUCAGGUGCAGAGAACACCUUGUUCCACUACGUCCUCAUGGAGACGGUUCAGGGGAUCUUCAUCGCUCCGUCUCACAGAGAAGUGGCUCAGCUCAGCGGCUCCAUCCACCCGCAGCUCAUCCGCAACUUCCAACACUGCUGCCUCUCCAUACGGGCGGCGUUUCAGCAGAGCCUGCCAGCCAGGGUGAGAAUCUGAGGGUUUUUGCGAUUCCCUCUGUCCGUGAUUUGCCACAAAUUUGCCUCACAAAUGGAUCUGGUAGGACCGUAUUCAGUCUUUGAGAACACAGCACAGAUUCAGUUUCUCUUUAGGUGUAGUUCAGAUCAGGUUUAGCAAAAUGAAGUUCUAUAAAGUCUGAAAAAUGCGACCAUGGAGGGACAAGAAAGAUGAGGGUCACAAUAAAACUAGAACUCAAGAAAAAUAUUUUCUCCCCGUCGGGGAAUCGAACCCCGGUCUUCCGCGUGACAGGCGGAGAUACUGUCCACUAUACUAACGAGGAAGAGGUGAGGGGUGAGGGAGUGGGAGCUGUCCUAUAUCUGCUGAUUUACCGAUCACUGAGACACUUUUGUGACUAACCUCAAACUCAUAAUCCUGAUCUGUUUCGUUUCUUUGUUGCUUCAGUAUUUUCAGUUUCUGUCAGAGUCUCUAAAGUGAAACACGUCCACGACCUGCGCACUCUAGCCAACACUUGUUCUCCUCAUUGAGUGUUAUAUAUUCAUGAAUGCUGCUGUGAUUUUUGGUGUGAUCUCCUGCAGGGUCGCCGGGCUGCAGAGAGGCCCCGAGGUGCCGGUUGGGGUCUGGGUCCUGUGAAGGAGCACGGGGUCUUAUUUCAAUGUAAACCAGAGAACUGGACAGACCAGAGGAAACCUGCUCCCACCAUGACUUACUGGGUCAUAGGGUACGUCAGCUCUCACUGCAACAACAUGAUUCUUUCAUUUUCACUCAGACUAGCAGCUUUGAAGUCCUGCGGCGUUAGAGUUCACUCUGACAGGCUGAAGUAGUCGAUGAGGUGAGACUGAGCUCCACCAGAUGAGCUAUUUGUGGCUCCAGAAACAGAAACCUCUCAGCUGUCGGCUUGAACACGGCUCAGUGAGGGACGUCAGAGGUGAUAAAUCUGUUCAACAGCAGAAACCAAACUGUCUGAACGGAGGAAUAACAGGGAAAGUAGCUCUGAUGGUAGCUCUCUGGAUCUGUCUUUGAAAGUCUACCAAGAGAGAGAGAGAGAGAGACUUGGGGGAGGGGUGUGGAGUAUUUAAAGGAAGAAAAGGAUCAUGGGAAAAGAGGGUGUCAGCCAUUGUUUGUGUGGCCGCUAAAGAGAAGGAGAUUUACUUUCAAGAGAAAGCAGCCGAACAGCUGAUAAAGGAUGUUUUCUAACGUUUUAACUGACAUUUCUAACUCCUCUGGUCAAAAAGUAUUUUUCUCCCCGUCGGGGAAUCGAACCCCGGUCUUCCGCGUGACAGGCGGAGAUACUGUCCACUAUACUAACGAGGAAGAGGUGAGAGAAGUAGGUACACAAUCGCCUUUUGUAAAGGUGCUCUUCAAGUUGAUCCCCUCAAGUUGAGAUAUUUUCAGCUCCAGCCCAAUUUGCAUCAUUCACUCUGCCAGAGUAGUAGGAGCAUCUAAUCAUUUAUUUGUGUUGACUUAAUGUAAUUCAGUCGUGCUGAUGAUUUUACUCGUGGUUGGUGUGUGGAGACAGUAACAGUUUCAGGAGUGAAAAAAAUGUCGUAUUUUCACUUGAAAAAAAAAUGUCAUAGUAUAUUAAGAUAAAAAUGUUAUAGUAUGGUAUGUUAAAAAUUUCAAAUUUUUGGGUGAAAAUAAAAAAUUUCAUAUUUUCACUUGGAAAAAAAAAUCGUAGUAUAGUAUGAUAAAACUGUCAUAGUAUGGUAUGUUAAAAAUGUCAAAUUUUAAUGUGAAAAAAAAUGUCAUGUUUUCACAUCAAAAAAAAUGUCAUAGUAUAGUAUGUUAAAAAUGUCAAAUUUUUGGGUGAAAAAAAAUGUCAUGUUGUCACUUGAAAAAAAUGUCUUGGUUUAGUAUGAUAAAAAUGUCAUAGUAUAGUAUGUUAAAAGUUUCAAAUUUUGGGAUGAAAAAAUUUUUCAUAUUUUCACUUGAAAAAAAAUGUCAUAGUAUAGUAUGAUAAAAAUGUCAUAGUAUAGUAUGUUAAAAGUUUCAAAUUUUGGGAUGAAAAAAAAUUUCAUAUUUUCACUUGAAAAAAAAUGUCAUAGUAUAGUAUGAUAAAAAUGUCAAAUUUUUGGGAUGAAAAAAAAUUUCAUAUUUCACUUGAAAAAAAAUGUCAUAUUAUAGUAUGAUAAAAAUGUCAUAAUAUGGUAUGUUAAAAGUUUCAAAUUUUGGGAUGAAAAAAAAAUUCAUAUUUUCACUUGAAAAAAAAUGUCAUAGUAUAGUAUGUUAAAAAUGUCAAAUUUUUGGGUGAAAAAAAAAUGUCAUGUUUUCACUUGAAAAAAAUGUCUUAGUUUAGUACGAUAAAAAUGUCAUAGUAUAGUAUGUUAAAAGUUUCAAAUUUUGGGAUGAAAAAAUUUUUCAUAUUUUCACUUGAAAAAAAAUGUCAUAGUAUAGUAUGUUAAAAGUUUCAAAUUUUGGGAUGAAAAAAAAUUUCAUAUUUUCACUUGAAAAAAAAUGUCAUAGUAUAGUAUGAUAAAAAUGUCAUAGUAUAGUAUGUUAAAAGUUUCAAAUUUUGGGAUGAAAAAAAAUUUCAUAUUUUCAGAAAAAAAUGUCAUAGUAUAGUAUGAUAAAAAUGUCAUGGUAUAGUAUGUUAAAAGUUUAAAAUUUUGGGAUGAAAAAAAUUUCAUAUUUUCACUGGAAAAAAAAUGUCAUAGUAUAUUAAGUUAAAAAUGUCGUAAUAUAGUAUGUUAAAAGUUUAAAAUUUUGGGAUGAAAAAAAAUUUCAUAUUUUCACUUGAAAAAAAUGUCAUAGUAUAGUAAGAAAAAAUGUCAUAGUAUAGUAUGUUAAAAAUGUCAAAUUUUUGGGUGAAAAAAAAUUUCAUGUUUUCACUUCAAAAAAAUGUUAUAGUUUAGUAUGAUAAAAAUGUCAUAGUAUAGUAUGUUAAAAGUUUCAAAUUUUGGGAUGAAUAAAAUUUCAUAUUUUCACUUGAAAAAAAAUGUCAUAGUAUAGUAUGAUAAAAAUGUCAUAGUAUAGUAUGUUAAAAGUUUCAAAUUUUGGGAUGAAAAAAAAUUUCAUAUUUUCACUUGAAAAAAAAUGUCAUAGUAUAGUAUGAUAAAAAUGUCAUAGUAUAGUAUGUUAAAAGUUUCAAAUUUUCACUUGAAAAAAAUGUCAUAGUUUAGUAUGAUAAAAAUGUCAUAGUAUAGUAUGUUAAAAGUUUCAAAUUUUGGGAUGAAAAAAAAUUUUAUAUUUUCACUUGAUAAAAAAAUGUCAUAGUAUAGUAUGAUAAAAAUAUCAUAGUAUAGUAUGUUAAAAGUUUCAAAUUUUGGGAUGAAAAAAAAUUUCAUAUUUUCACUUGAAAAAAAAUGUCAUGGUAUAGUGUGAUAAAAAUGUCAUAGUAUAGUAUGUUAAAAGUUUCAAAUUUUGGGAUGAAAAAAAAUUUCAUAUUUUCACUUGAAAAAAAAUGUCAUAGUAUAGUAUGUUAAAAAUGUCAAAUUUUUGGGUGAAAAAAAAUGUCAUGUUUUCACUUGAAAAAAAUGUCAUAGUUUAGUAUGAUAAAAAUGUCAUAGUAUAGUAUGUUAAAAGUUUCAAAUUUUGGGAUGAAAAAAAAUUUCAUAUUUUCACUUGAAAAAAAAUGUCAUAGUAUAGUAUGAUAAAAAUGUCAUAGUAUAGUAUGUUAAAAGUUUCAAAUUUUGGGAUGAAAAAAAUGUUCAUAUUUUCACUUGAAAAAAAAUGUCAUAGUAUAGUAUGUUAAAAAUGUCAAAUUUUUGGGUGAAAAAAAAUGUCAUGUUUUCACUUGAAAAAAAUGUCAUAGUUUAGUAUGAUAAAAAUAGCAUAGUAUGGUAUGUUAAAAGUUUCAAAUUUUUGGGUGAAAAAAAUGUCAUAUUUUCACUUGAGAAAAAAAUGUCAUAGUAUAGUAUGUUAAAAUGUCAAAUUUUUGGGUGAAAAAAAAUUUCAUGUUUUCACUUGAAAAAAAUGUCAUAGUUUAGUAUGAUAAAAAUGUCAUAGUAUAUUAAAAGUUUCAAAUUUUUGGGUGAAAAAAAAUUUCAUAUUUUAACUUGAAAAAAAAUGUCAUAGUACAGUAUGUUAAAAGUUUCAAAUUCAAAUGUUCUUGUUUCAUCUCUGUCUUUCAGGCGGAUGCUGCUCGAACCCAUCCCUCAGGAGUUCUACGUCUGCUUCCACGACUCGGUGGCAGAGGUUCCUGUUGAAAUGGCCUUCAGACUGUCCUACGGUCUGGCUCUGUGAUGCGCCGUUUCCUUCAGGGAAAAAGUUCAGACCCCGAGGAGAAAAUGUGGAGCAGUGGUCCAGUCUGCGUGGGGAAAGUCUGCUGAAUUUUUCAAAGUGCCUUCAUUGUAACGCUUGAUGAAUGAGACCAGAAGGAAAGGCUGAGUGAGAUUAAACCGGAUCAUUUUGAGCUCCAAAGAUCAGCACAUACCUCAGAAACUGUGUUCAAACCUCCAAUAAGGACGUCAAAGUUGCAAUUGUUUACAAAGCUGGGUCAAUAUAAAUCAAGCUGCUGCUGCUGCACACAUCU